AUGCGUGGAAUCAAGGGUUUGGUGUGGGAAGGUUCGGUGUUGGACCCAAUUGAGGGUAUUCGUUUCCGUGGUAGAACCAUUCCUGACAUCCAGAAGGAGUUGCCCAAGGGUCCAGGUGGCUCGGAGCCCCUUCCAGAAGCUUUGUUUUGGUUAUUGUUGACCGGUGAGGUUCCAUCGGAGGCUCAAACCAAGGCUCUUUCUGAGGAAUUGGCUGCUAGAUCCGGUUUGCCAAAGCACGUUGAGGAGUUGAUCGACCGUUCUCCUUCUCACUUGCACCCAAUGGCUCAAUUCUCCAUUGCCGUUACCGCAUUGGAGUCGGAAUCUCAAUUUGCCAAGGCUUACGCUAAGGGUGUGAACAAGACCGAGUACUGGAAAUACACUUAUGAGGACUCGAUUGACUUGUUGGCCAAGUUGCCUAACAUUGCUGCCAGAAUCUACAGAAACGUUUUCCACGACGGAAAAUUGCCAGCUGUUGACCCCAAAUUGGACUACGGUGCCAACUUGGCCAACUUGUUGGGUUUCGGUGAAAACUCCGAAUUUGUCGAGUUGAUGAGAUUGUACUUGACCAUCCACUCCGACCACGAAGGUGGUAACGUUUCCGCCCACACCACCCACUUGGUUGGUUCUGCUUUGUCUUCGCCUUUCUUGUCGUUGGCUGCUGGUUUGAAUGGUUUGGCUGGUCCUUUGCACGGACGUGCUAACCAAGAAGUGUUGGAAUGGUUGUUCAAGAUGAGAGAGGAAUUGAACGGAGACUACUCCAAGGAGAACAUUGAGAAGUACUUGUGGGAAACUCUUAACGCUGGAAGAGUUGUUCCAGGUUACGGACAUGCUGUUUUGAGAAAGACCGACCCUCGUUACACCGCUCAACGUGAGUUUGCCUUGAAGCACAUGCCAGACUACGAAUUGUUCAAGUUGGUUUCCAACAUUUACGAGGUUGCUCCUGGUGUGUUGACCAAGCACGGAAAGACCAAGAACCCAUGGCCUAAUGUGGACUCUCACUCUGGUGUUUUGUUGCAAUACUAUGGUUUGACUGAGGAAUCUUUCUACACUGUUUUGUUCGGUGUUUCCAGAGCAUUCGGUGUGUUGCCUCAAUUGAUCUUGGACCGUGGUCUCGGUAUGUCUAUUGAGAGACCAAAGUCGUUCUCCACUGAGAAGUACAUCGAGAUGGUCAAGAACAUUAAGGCGUGA